AUGUUCAAUUCUUGCCUCCUCCAAUUCGCCCUUUUCAGCGUGUCAUAUGCCACUCAGGAGGUGUUGCGGCCUGUGCCUCACGAGUCUAAUGACUUUCGCGUCAUUCGGAGCAGCCAUUCCCCGGAUCACUCAAUACGGAUCAGACAGCAAAACGAGUCCAUCUGCGCAGCUGGCUCACCACAAUACACCGGCUGGCUCGAUGUCGGCCACAAGCAUCUUUUUUUCUGGUACUUUGAGAGCCAGAAUGAUCCCUCCAAUGACCCAUUGACCUUGUGGAUGACGGGGGGCCCCGGCGACUCCAGUAUGAUCGGUCUGUUCCAGGAGGUUGGCCCCUGCCUGGUCAAUGAACAUGGCAAUGGGACCUACCACAACCCGUGGGGCUGGUCGUGUAAUUCAUCGCUGCUGUUUGUCGACCAGCCCGUAGAUGUUGGCUUCUCAUACAUUGAUGAAAGCCAUGAGCUGCCACGGGACUCGAAGGAGGCUGCGGUUGACAUGCACCGCUUUCUGCAGCUAUUUGUCUCCGAGGUUUUCCCUCGCCUGCAGUAUCUUCCUGUCCAUCUUUCCGGAGAGUCAUAUGCGGGCCACUAUAUCCCAUACCUUGGCGCUCAGAUCGUACAGCAGAACAAGCUCUAUCCCAAUGAGCCUCAAGUUCGGCUCAAGUCGUGCCUGGUGGGUAAUGGUCUCAUGUCCGCGCGCGAUACGAUGUUCGGAUAUUGGGAAACGCUCUGCACCACGAACCCAGGCGUGGAGAAACCCGUAUUCAACCAGACUCGAUGCGAUAUCAUGGCUACGAACAUGCCCCGAUGCAUGGACGUCACUGCAGCGUGUGUCCAGAAUCCGGAUCCGGCUUUGUGCAACGCUGCUCACUCUGUCUGUUACGAGGGUGUAAUCGGUUUCUAUGAAGAUGAGGCCGGUCAAGGGGGUCGUAACAGAUUUGACAUCACGGCGCCCUGUGAAAUCGACGAGAUGUGCUACAUCCAAGCUGCACAUGUUGAACAAUAUCUAAAUACACCAGCCGUCUGGGAAGCGCUGUCACCCCCUAAACAGAUGACCGAAUAUAAAAUGGUCUCGGAAGCGGUGAUUCAAGCAUUUGCAAAGACUGCGGAUGGGAUGACGUCCACUUCCGAUCUGGUCGCGUUUCUACUGGCAAACCAGGUCCAUUUCCUGGCUUAUCAAGGUAACCUUGAUCUCGCCUGCAAUACAGCCGGAAACCUCCGCUGGGCGCAUGCCCUGCCCUGGAAGGGUCAGGUCGAGUUCACGUCCAAGCCACUACACCCCUGGCGGUCGCUUGUUGCAGCCACAGGCCAGAAUGACACAGUUGGUACUAUGAAGGAAGUCCGGGUGCGCGUGGGCGAGCAUGCCGAGACCGAGUCGCGGUUUGCACUUGUCACUGUGGAUGGAGCUGGCCAUCUGGUCCCUCAAGACCGACCUGAUGUAGCUCUUGAUAUGAUGGUUCGGUGGAUCACCGGCGCGCCCUUUACCUAG